GAAAACGCCUCCUUCACGGAAGUUUUGCUGAAUCCUCCAUUGCCCGGGGGCUCCUGGGCCUUCGCCUUGGCAAUCCCGCUCCCCGACGCAUCGGAGAACCCUCGCUUCCGCGUCGAGGUCUUCACCACCGAGAGGAGUUUGGUGGAUGCUGCCACAUCCUUGGCCGCCCCGGAUCUGCUAAGCCCGGAAGUGUGGCCAGUGGUCGCUCCGGAACUGAUCUUGCGCAGUCGCGAUGCAGCUUCAACACGGCUGGUCCUGGAGGUUGCUUUCCGCUUCGAACAGAUGAUGACAGUUGAGACUGGUAUCAUCGAAGCCCUCCGUUUGCUGCCACCUACCGGUGUACAGUAUGACGAG